AGAACCUUUUAUGGAUACGCCUUGUAUUCUUCGUUUUUUAUAUAUAGGAAAAAGCGUACUUUCUAAAACUUUAUCGAUACGCAGUCAUAUCUCAGUGCUGCACAAUCGAUCAAUUGUUGUCGACAUUAUUUAAAAAGUAUAGUGGCAACGCUGAUUGGCUGUCAAAACGACCCAAUUGUUCCGUGAGCUGAAAAAAAAAAUCAUUCCAUACUGCCGUUCAAGUGAAUUUUAGGGAACUGGUAUUAGUCAGAACUUAAAUUUUACUCAGUUAAUCGUGUAGACGGCCCAGAGUCCGCGAUUACAAAUUUUAUUCUAAUUAAAGCUUAUAUCUUCGCACUUCUCGCCAAAUCAAAAUGUCUGAACGUUUUACUUUCGGAGGUUCUUUGGCAUCGAUAACAUGUCACGCCUGGAACAAAGAUCGCUCACAAAUCGCGCUUUCGCCCAAUAGCAAUGAGAUCCAUAUCUAUAGUCGGGAGCGCAAUGAUUGGAAGCUUUCGGACGUGUUAAAUCAACAUGAUUUACGUGUAAUGGGCAUUGAUUGGGCAAAGAAUACGAAUCGAAUUGUUAGCUGUGCUGCAGAUAGGAAUGCGUAUGUUUGGUCACAAGCCGACGACGGCAAAUGGAAGCCAACAUUGGUGCUAUUACGCAUCAAUCGCGCUGCUACUUGCGUUAAAUGGUCCCCAGCAGAGAACAAAUUCGCUGUUGGCUCCGGUGCCCGAUUGAUAUCGGUGUGCUACUUUGAGUCGGAGAAUGACUGGUGGGUGUCUAAGCAUAUAAAGAAGCCAAUUCGCUCAACAGUCACUUCGUUGGAUUGGCAUCCAAAUAAUGUUUUGCUUGUGGCUGGCUCAACCGACUACAAGGUUCGCGUAUUCUCAGCCUACAUUAAAGACAUUGAGGAUCAGCCUACUCCUACACCUUGGGGCAACCGCAUGCCACUAGGCAAUCUAAUGGCUGAAUUUAAGAAUUCUUUAAGCUCUGGAGGAGGUUGGAUCAAUGAUGUAAGCUUUUCGGCUGAUGGCAAUAAAAUCUGUUGGAUUGGUCACGACAGUUGUAUUAAUAUUGCGGACGCAACUAAUGGCAAUGCUGUUGUACGUUGCAAAACUCAGUAUUUACCAUUCCUUUCUUGUGUAUGGAUAUCGCCAGUUUCUAUAGUUGUGGCUGGCCAUAGCUGUGUGCCACUGGUGUAUACCAUAAAUGAAAAUUCAAAAUUGGUGCUUACUGCAAAAUUGGAUAAAUCACAAAAGAAGGAGAGUAGCGGUAUAUCUGCAAUGCGCAUUUUCCAAUCGUUGGAUCGUAAUUUAAGGACUGAAAAUUCCGAUACUAGCGUAGAUUCCAUGCAUCAAAAUGCUAUUACCUGCAUUCGGUUAUAUGAGGGCGAGAAGGAAAAUGGCAAAAAAAUCAGCACAUCUGGCGUUGAUGGCCAACUUGUUAUAUGGGAUCUCGAUACUGGACUCAAUAAUUCCAUGAACAACUUAAAAAUUUAAGCUUUAAAGGCCAAAU